GUAUUAGUACACAAAAUCAAAAAUUUGUCAGCUCUAAUAAAAAAUAUAAACAAAAGCACGUUGGUAUUCAUUGGCAGAGAAUCAUUUCUUAGAUAAAAUUUGUUUAAUUUAAAAUUAUGGGUGCUUUAGCUGAAGUUGCUGGUGAUGAAAACAAUGGUGAGGGUUCGCGUACAUUUGUAUUUCUAGAUGAAGGCCACACACUGGGCAAUGCUUUGAAAACCAUUGUUAGUCGUUAUCCCGAUGUGGAUUUUUGUGGCUAUACUAUACCACAUCCUACUGAAAACAAACUACAUUUUCGUAUACAAUCUAAUCAAGCUAGAGCAAUUGAUAUUUUAAAACGUGGUUUGGAAGAUUUGGAGAAAAUAUGCGAUCACACCAUUGAGACAUUUGAAAGUGAAGUUAAAGUGUUUACUGAGAAAAAUAAAGUUGCUGCUACAUGAAAAUAAUUUACUUAUAAA